AUGACGAGAUUUAUUCAUGAACCUCGAGAAAUAAUAAACAAAUAUAGAUUUACUGAAUAUAGUCCAUUAGUAAUUCUAAGAGGAUUAUGUUUAACAAUUUUAUUAGUCAUAUUUUUCAUUUAUGGAAUUAUUUUAACAUUCCUUGUUGCUACCGAUGAUGCAUUUUUAAUGAAAUCUUUAAUCGCUACACCAUAUGUUCCCGUACCUGAUCUUCGAGCACCGACCGAAGAAGAUAUAGCAAAUUGUAACAAAUAUAUCGUACCAACGGAAUGUAAAGAACUAGAUCCAAGUAACACGUCCAAAGGACGUUGCACGGGGUUAUUCUAUCCUCAAAUUCAAGAUCGUUUUAAUUUUAGUUUACCUGAUAAAAGAUAUGGAAUUUCUUUUCUAAUCACUAUAACUGAUGAAGCAUAUAAUGCUACCGAUGAUAAUGGAAUGCAAGUUAGAGCAUACGAUCAAUAUCCACAUUUUAUGGAAAGAUUGGAAGAACAAAAUUUUCAUGUUAUUGGUUAUCAGCAGGCUAAUAGGAUGUUUAUAAGUAGAAAAAUUAAAAAAUUUCAGAUUCCAACAUUUUUCACAGUAAUAGGCGUACCGCCGGCAUAUUUUCCACAACCUUUUAUUGAAUCAAGAUAUGAAUCGAUACAAGUUCCUGGAGUAGUAUCGAGCUUUACUCCGACUACAUAUGGUAGUUUGUUCGUUGGUACCGUAGAUUGGACGGAAGAAAUUCAAUCUGAAGUUAGGAGUUCUAAUGUCUCGGAUUCACUCGCGUUAUUAGCCGCGUUUUACGGUUUACUUGUAGGAAUUUACGUAUGCCUGUUUGAACCAUGGGGAAUAUGUCAAACGACAUGUUGUGGACGUAAAACAAAAAACAGUUUACGAAAAAAAUUCUCAAGAGUCAUACCACUUGUUUCACGAUCACAAUCAAUUCGUAAACCUAAAUUAUAUAAAGAACGUUUAUAUGCAUUAGAAAAAUUUGCAAAAUUAUAUUUAGUCAACAUAGCGGAUCAAGAACAAAAAAAACCUCUGGAUAUCGAAAAUGUGGAUCCCAACAAAAAACCACCAAAUAGACUAUCUUCAAUUAAAUCGCAGAAUAGCGCAAGUGCUCCAGACAGUUCACCUAAUAACAUAAACAAUUUACCAACUGGAGGUGCUCCGAAUAAAACACCGAAUGGCAAAAGUCAAUUACCAACCGACUUACAGGCUGGUGUCCCAUCAAAAGGUGCUCCAGACAGUUCACCAAAUAACAUAAACAAUUUACCAACUGGACCACGAACGGGAGGUGCUCCGAAUAGUACACCGAAUGGUAAAAGUCAAUUACCAACCGACUCACAGGCUGGUGUCCCAUCAAAAGGUGCUCCAGACA